AUGUUUAACAUGGAUCUGAUUCACUUCUGGAUCUUCUCAACCUGCCUCCUCUCCUGUCUCACAGGAUGUUCCUGCAGUAACCCUGAUGUACUGGGCUUCGAGGGUCAGGACGUCACCCUGCCAUGCCGCUACGACUCACAUUAUCACGGCGUGUGUGAGAUCUGCUGGAUGAGAGGAAGCAUCCCGAUGCAAGGCUGCGGUGAUGAAAUCCUUUCCACCGAUGGUGACAAAGUGGUGAUGCGGCGUAGCGUCCGGUACCAGCUGCAGGGACGGCUACAGAGAGGGGACGUGUCCCUGACCAUCCUCAACGCCAGACAGAGCGACAGCGGGACGUACGGCUGCCGGGUGCACGUGCCCGGGUGGUUCAACGAUGAGAAAUACACGAUCCGACUGGUCGUCAGAGAAGCGCCGGUUUUAACGACACAAAAACAAACAACGCUGACGCCCAGCACCACCGAGCAAACCACCGCCGAGCUAACAACAGCUGCUGCUGUUACCACACCAGAAGAUACAACAUCGCUGCCCAGCACCUCCCAGCGUAUGAGCACCGAGCUCACAGCAGAUAUUUUAACACCACAGGAAGAGGCGUCGCCGUUUCCCAGCAGCACAGAGUCUGCCACCGUCCGACCGACACCCGAACCUGAACCAACAACACAACAGAGUCCUUCAUUAUCGACGAGCGCUGAGACUGAAACCACACGCCUGUGGGAUUCUGGAACCACUCAGGAACCUGAACCAACAACACAACAGAGUCCUUCAUUAUCGAAAAGCGCUGAGACUGAAACCACACGCCUGUGGGAUUCUGGAACCACUCAGGCUUUGGUGAACACAGAAUACUGCUCCACUGAAUCUGUAUCAGAGCACAAGAGAACUGUGGAUAGAAGACAUGAUUUGAUGCUUCUUGUGAUUUUGGGCUCAGUGUUGGUGGUGUUGGUUUUGGUAAUAAUUGCGGUUUAUCUGACGUGGAAACAAAGACAGAGGUUCAGGACGAAGUUACAAAUAAACAAGAAUUCUGCUCCGUUCAUCAGUUACAGUAACAUGGACAGCAGCGUAGCGCUGACGAUGGAAAACACACACGGCGGUAACGGCGGGACCGAGGACGAGCUGCAGGCGUGAGAAUUUACUGACCGGUCACUGUGUCGCCGUAGUGAAACCAAAAAACCUUCUUCUGUACCUAAAGUCCAAAUAUUUACAGCAUAAACGCUUGUUGACUUCACUAUAUGGACAAAAGUAUCAAAAGUAGACAAAAGUCCCUUCUAAUUACUGAAUUUAUGUGUUUCAGCCACAGCAGUUACUAACACGUGUAAUAAAUCAGUUAUACUGUGUAAAGGACAUGACAUGCUUCCAACUUUUAUAUGCAGCACCAGUUUAGGGAAGGUCCUUUCCUGUUCUGGCAUGAGGCCAGAGGAAUGCAAAACAGACCCCUGUCUCAGGUCUGCUACCGGUCGGCUGGGCGCCCCCUAGUGCACACCUACAGCAGACAAAAUCAGUAUGCCGCUAGCAUGCUGGGUGGGAAAAGUCGGGACUAAAAAGUGGGCGGGGUCUUCGAUGCUGUGCAAGGACCCUGGUUUGUAGCCCGAGGCGCCUGUACAGAAGUAGAGGGACGUGGAGAUCAGCGCGUGACUCUCCUUGCGCCGAUCCACCAAAGUACGCGGGGAUAAGAAGGGGUCGGAGGGAGGGCGUGUCAGGAGAAUAUACCCUCCUCGUACACCAUAGGGGUCUCCAGCAGUGGAAGAGGGACUGGAUAUGACUAAACUGGGAGAAAUAAAGGAGAAAAUGUAAAAAUAAAAUGUUUUAUUUGUACCCUGUUUCUGUGCGGGUCAAAAAUUCAGGCCUGUACUGUUCUCUUGGUGUAUGACACACAUGCAUGUGCCCACUUGAUAAGAAUAAGGAACAUUACUGAAACACUGUUUAGAUGAGUAUUUUUUGUGACCAAAACAAGCCUCUCUGAUGUUCCUCGAUCCAAAAUUGGGAUGAAUUGGAACUGCAUAGCAUUUUUCCACGACACAGAGCAAGCUGGGCUGUUUCCUGCUUUAUCUGAAUCUGUACGUGUACAUUAUAAACAUAAUAAUCAUAAUAAUAUAACUAUAUUAAAAGUGAUCUUUCCCGGUGUGAUAUUUUAUUAAAUGCCCUGUCUGACACUGCUGCUGGUGGGCGUGUCCUGGGCGUGUCUGCGCUGGGCUCUGGCCUGGUUGGUGCGCAGUACCUGGCUGAUGUGGUACUCGCUCUCCACGCUCAUUUCGGUGAGGUGAAUGUCACAUUCGAGCAGGCUGCUGUUGUGAGACGUGGCCUCCUCCAGGAGCUUCCCUCCAUCCUGCACACCGGGACAACACAACAGCACUUUUAUUAUUAUUAUUAUAUAUCUGUGUUAUAUAUAUGUGUGUGUUAUAUAUGUGUGUCUAUAGUGGGAAUAAAAAGUCUACACACCCCU